GGAAGACUAUAGAGAGGGAACUCUGGGAGGUGGCGGUCCGGAAUCUAGGCGACGGGGCGAGACGGGGCGAGACGGGGCCGGUAGGUGGCAGGAGGGGGCCGGGCCGGAGCCGGCGGGAGGGCCAGGCCCCGAAGCCCCCGCCCUGGCUUGCCCGCCCCUGCCGCGGAGGAGAAAACGGAGGAUGAUCUCCAGAUACACUCGGAAGGCCGUGCCACAGAGCGUGGAGCUGAAAGGAAUAACAAAGCACGCUCUUAACCAUCAUCCCCUUCCAGAGCAACUGGAUGACAUUUCCUCUACCAAUGACAGCCAUGAAAAAGAUACAAGUUCUCAAAGUGAGUCUGACAUCACCCAAGAAUCACCUUUUACCUCAACUGACACCGGGAAUUCACGUUCUGCUUUUCCAAGCUAUGCCGGCACAGGGAUCUCUACAGAAGGCAGCUCUGACUUCUCUUGGGGAUAUGGUGAACUUGACCAAAAUGCCACUGAGAAGGUCCAGGCAAUGUUCACGGCCAUCGACGAGCUCCUGUAUGAGCAGAAGCUGAGUGUGCACACACACAGUCUGCAGAAGGAGUGCCAGCAGUGGGCGUCCAGCUUUCCUCACCUCAGGAUUCUAGGUCGGCAGAUAGUCACUCCGAGUGAAGGCUAUGGACUGUACCCCAGAUCGCCUUCUGCUGUGUCAGCUUCUCAUGAAGCAGCCUUGUCUCAAGAGAGAGAGUCUACCAUAUUUGGUAUAAGGGGAAAGAAGUUACAUUUUUCAUCUUCUUAUGCUCAUAAAGCAUCUCCCACCAGUAAACCCUCUGGCUUGUCUGCUGUGGAAGGGGAAGAGGUGGACUGUAUAAUCUUUUCUGAAGGAAUAAUCGAGGAGUACCUAGCUUUCGACCACACGGAUAUGGAAGAGGGAUUUCAUGGAAACAAGUCAGAAGCAGCUACAGAGAAACAGAAAUUAGGGUACCCUCCCAUUGCUCCAUUUUACUGCAUGAAAGAGGAUGUCCUUGCUUAUGUUUUUGACAACGUGUGGAGCAAGGUUGUGGGCUGUAUGGAGCAGUUGACACGUAGUCACUGGGAGGGAUUUGCUUCUGAUGAUGAGAGUAACGUUGAAAUUACCAGACUGGAUUCCGGAAGUCCCUGUGUGCUGAAUGAACAGCAUCCUUUGGUCUUACCUCGAAUGCCGCAGUCCAAGGUGCUGUCCAUCACCUCAAAUCCGAUGAGUUUCUGUCAAGCAAGUGGUCACCAGCCAAAUGUGAAUGGCCUCUUGGUUCACGGGAUGCCGCUACAGCCAAGGAACCUCUCUCUGAUGGACAAGCUCCUAGAUCUUGAUGACAAGCUACUUAUGAGGCCUGGCUCCAGUUCCGUCCUUUCAAACAGAAAUUGGCCAAACCGAGCCCUGGAGCUCAGUACGUCAUCUUUGUCAUAUACAGUGCAGUCUGCCAGGAGACGCAACCCCCCACCACGCACCCUUCAUCCCAUCAGCACAAGCCACUCACGCGCCGGGACGCCAUGGCCUGCAGAAGAAAUCCUCAGAGGAUCCCGAGUUCCAGUGACCGCAGACACGCUCUCUUCUUCCUCACCAAUGCCCCUGGGUCGGAACAAUCUGCUGCCACCUAUUGGAACAGCUGACGUAGAGCAUCUGAGCACCGUGGGGCCACAGCGGCCAACAAAGCCCCACGGAGACUCCAGCCGAGCUCGAAGUGCAGUGGUGGACGAGUCUAACCAGCAGCCCCAAGAGAGGCUCCUUUUACCUGUCUUCUCCAGACCCAACACAACUCAGUCAUUCUUGCCAGACACACAGUACCGAAACUCGUGUGCCUCUGAGUAUCCUCACCAGGCCCGCCCUGGCAGGGGGUCUGCAGGUCCUCAGUCACAUGGGUCUACAAAACCUCAAUGCAGAGGUGGACCCAUCUCUAGAACCAGGCAGUAACCACAGGGCAAGUGAGAAUCCGCAAGGCUGCUGCAGACUGCAAACACAUGGAAGGUUUCAUGUACCAGUGCUCAGGCCCCAAACGAAGCAAAGCUCCUACAAACAGCAGCUUGGGCCAUCUUCAAAGCUAUCUUGGUACAACUGUCCGAGCAACACUACAGAGUAUCCGCCAAAGACUGCGUGGGUGCUGUUCUGUGUCCAGUUACUGUCUUCUUCCAGCUGUUCCACUGGGCAGUAAAGAUUGUACCCAAAGACGUGACGAUGAAAAACCACCCCAAAUCACUGCUCUGUUGUCUGUAACUAAUCACCAGUUCGAUUCUUGUACAACUCAGUGAGAUUACACACACACAGAUGAUUCAGAUCACUGGCUUCAGAAUAUUUCUGCUUAUAUUAAUUUCUGGAGAACUGCACUGCUCUAACAUAUUUUUAGAAGAAAGUGCUGCCAAAAAUCUGAGAUACUCGUCAAAUAAAUGUCAUUCCUAAACUUUAAGUUCCUUAUUACGUUUAAAUUAUUUUUGUGUGUAUGCACAUGUGUGGGCAUACACGUGGUCAGAGGACAGCUUGCAGGAGUCAGGCCGAACCCAGGGGUCUGGGAGAGGGGCCUUUGCCUGCGAGCCACCUGGCCAGCCAAUCUUUCUUUUUAAAAAGCAGAAUAAAAUAAAAAAGCUAACUAAAGAUCAUCA